AUGCGCCGCCAUCUCGCUGCACUGCAGUACCUCCUUGCUGCAUCGAUCACAACCGCGCUCGGCUUUUCAGACGGGAGACCCGCCGCCGAGACAAGCGACCAUGUCCAUGCGCUCGACUCUCGGCGCGAAACGGAGAGCAGCGUGAUCGGCGGGCCGAUCAUUAGCAGCGGGUCUGGAUUUGCGGUUGCGCUGGACUCGUUCAAUGGGUUGGAGAUGCGAGACAUUGAGAAUGAGGAGGAUGAUUCUGGACAGAUGGAUCUCGUGAAGAGGAAUUAUCCUGCCGAUGCUCGAUCCCUAGGCAACAACCAGUACCAAGACCCGCCCAUCGAAGUCGGUGGUAUACAGUGGUUCUUCAUCACCAAGGAAGUUGUCAAUGGGGCCAAGGCCAAGACGAUAUCCUCGCUACCUGCGAGCCUGGGUUCGCGGGAUCUGCGUGGGGAAGAGUAUGUUAAUGACGAGAGGGUCAAGUUGGACUUGCGCAAACGGGAACAGGCCAAAGUCGGGGAGGAGGAGGAGGAGGAGGAGAAACCACUGGUCAAACGAGACCAGACGACUGUCUACCUCUCCUUGACAACGUGCAGCAAGCCCACGACAAACAAGACCGAUGCUUUACCGGGCGACUUCCCACAGUUGCAAAUCUACUACUCGACAGAUCCGAACUUGUCCAAGCCCGGACCUGGUCAGGAUAACAGUCGUCAGACCUUGGUCUCCGCCGUGGGUGGCUUUGCAAAUGCCUCGAUCGUCACGGACACCGACAUUUUCAUUGGGGUUGUGGCGCCAAAUUCUACAACGUGGACUGGAAUAUACAAGUACCAGAUCGCUGCAUCGAUCGACGCACCCUUUCAUAGCGUGAUCGACAACGAUCCAUUCUUGUAUUUCAUCGACGCCGACAUGUCGGCUGCUCUGCUGGUCACCAACAAUUUGACGCAAGCGUCUCCGGACUCGGACAACUAUAAACAGUGGAUGAGUCUUGCUCCGCCGUUUACCAUGUUUGCACACAACGUGAACAAUACUGCACUGACGGGACUGGAACGAUCCUACUGUGCGCUGGAACAACUUUCGAACCUGGGUAGUAUCAGCAGCUCUACCGAGGUGGGAAUGACGAAUCGGGGUCUGGGGAAUAAGCCCAAAGAGCAGUUCUAUAUCACGGGGUUGAACCGCAGCUCGACGUAUAAUGGAAUCCUGGCAAUGAAUGGAAACUCCACCUUGUCUGGGAAUGGCAUUGUUGGAGGUGGUGGAAAAGUAUGGCGGGCGAUGAACUUUACUACCAAAACGGAGGACAACUGCGCCGUCCUUUUCAACCUCACCUUCUGCUCCGAAGUCGCCUACGCCGUCCCCGCCAACCCUAAACGCACCAACGUCAACCAACUCCGCCAGAUCUACGAUACCUAUGCCUCGAAUUAUUACACCAAUUUCACCUACAGCCUGCAACAAGUCCAAUGCGAUGCUCCGCCCGAAUCCAUGUACUCCCUCGCCGUGAACUGCAGCACCUGCGCUGACGCCUACAAGCAAUGGCUCUGCAGCGUCUCCAUCCCGCGCUGCGAAGACUUUUCCAAUCCGUCCACCUUCCUUCAAGUUCGCAACGCCGGCCAGCCCUUUAUCAACGGCACUUCAUUGCCCGAAACAGACGCAUACCGCCUCAACCCGAUCAACAACGUGAGUCGCAACCCGCUCAUCGACACGGCGAUCCAGCCCGGCCCGUAUAAGGAGAUCCUGCCAUGUCUGGAUAUUUGCUCGUCCAUGGUGAGGGCUUGUCCGACGGUGUUGAAUUUUGGAUGUCCGUCCGGCGAGGGGUUGAACGCGAGUUACGGGUAUCGAAGUGAUGACGGAGAUAUCACGUGUAGUUAUUUGGGAGCGGCGUAUUACCUGAAUGGGGCGGUGGGGAUGAGUGGAAGAGAUGGAUUGGUCGUUUGGACGAUGGUGGUCGUUGUAGUUGUUGGAAGUUGGCUUAUGUAG